CUGCUCAGUAGGCUGCGAGAGUGAGACGCACACUGUCUGAAAUUUUUUUCAAGAUUAGAUUGGAGCAGUAAUGGCUCAAACAACUCCCAAUCACACACAGACUGUAUCUGGCUGGGCAGCUCAUGAUUCAUCUGGCACCAUCACUCCCUACGUCUUCAAACGCAGAGAAAAUGGGAAGAAUGAUGUGACGAUUGAGAUCUUGUACUGUGGAAUAUGCCACACUGAUAUCCACCAUGUCAAGAAUGACUGGGGUAUCACCAUGUACCCUGUUGUUCCCGGGCAUGAAAUUACUGGAUUGAUAACAAAGGUGGGAAGCGAUGUGAGCAAGUUUAAGAUAGGGGAUAGAGUGGGAGUGGGGUGUUUGGCGGCUUCGUGUUUGAAGUGCGAUUUUUGCAAACAAGAGGAGGAGAAUUACUGUGAUGAGAUUCAGCUCACCUACAAUGGCAUUUUCUGGGAUGGCAGCAUCACCUACGGUGGCUACUCCAAGAUGCUUGUAGCUGAUCAUCGAUUUGUGGUGAAGGUGCCAGACAGCUUGCCGAUGGAUGCAGCAGCACCACUCUUGUGUGCAGGAAUUACAGUGUAUAGCCCCUUCAAGGACCACAACUUGCUUGAAUCUCCAGGAAAGAGAAUAGGUAUUGUUGGAUUGGGUGGGCUUGGUCACGUUGCUAUCAAAUUCGGGAAGGCAUUUGGUCACCAUGUCACUGUUAUCAGCACAUCUCCUUCGAAAGAAAAGGAGGCUAAAGAGCGUUUGGGUGCCGAUGAUUUCAUCAUCAGCACCGAUCCUGAACAGAUGAAGUCCAAGUUCAGGACACUGGACUUCAUAUUGGACACGGUCUCAGCGCAUCACUCUCUUGGACCGACUUUAGAGCUGCUUAAAAAGAAAGGAACAUUGAUGCUUGUUGGUGCUCCGGAUAAGCCUCUGGACCUACCUGCUUUCCCGAUGAUAUUCGGCAAAAGAUCAGUGAAGGGUAGCAUGACCGGAAGCAUGAAAGAAACGCAGGAAAUGCUGGAUGUAUGCGCCAAGCACAACAUCAGGUGUGAUAUCGAAGUUGUCAAAACUGAUCAAAUCAACGAAGCUCUUGACCGUCUUGCUAGGAACGAUGUCAAGUAUCGUUUCGUCAUUGAUAUUGCUGGGAAACCAUAGGUUUCUUCAUCAAGCUCUAGCUAAUAAGGAGUCAUAAUUCUGUUUGACUAUCAUUUCUUAUUAUGUACGAAUUUGUCAAUUUCAUAAUAAUUGAAUAAGUCUUAGUUAGUUGA